CUGUGUUAGUAAAUACAAAGAAGAAGAAUACGACUUAGCAGCAACUCAACUGGACUAAUCAUGAGUGGUGGAUGUCCGUACUUUGAGAAAAGGCACCUGUUAUUCAAGAAUAAACCUCCCGUAGAGGAAGAUGGAGAUGCCUCCCAGGACGGAGUCAACAAGGCCAGUAGAGGAGGAAUCAUCUACGGAGACUACCUGAGGCUUGACAAAAUAGUCACAGCUCAGGUACUGCAAAGUGAACUGAAGGGUAAUAAGAUCCACGACGAGCAUCUCUUCAUCGUCACUCAUCAAGCGUAUGAACUGUGGUUCAAACAGAUUCUGUAUGAACUGGAUUCGGUGCGAGAGAUCUUCACCAGCGGACAUGUUCGAGAUGAACGCAACAUGCUCAAAGUCAACACUCGCAUACACAGGAUAGUAAUGAUCUUCCGGCUGCUGGUUGACCAGUUUUCAGUUCUGGAGACAAUGACAGCCUUGGACUUUUUUGAUUUCAGGGAAUAUCUGGCUCCGGCCUCCGGCUUCCAGAGUCUUCAGUUCCGGCUCCUGGAGAACAAAAUCGGGGUCCCCGACAACCUGAGGGUUCCCUACAACAGACGCCACUACAGGGACAAUUUCAAGGGCCACGACAGCGAGAUGCUGCUCACCACCGAGGAAGAGCCCACGCUGCUGAAGCUGGUCGAGGAGUGGCUUGAGAGAACUCCCGGCUUGGAGAUAGAUGGAUUCAAUUUCUGGGAAAAGCUGAAAAUCAAUAUAUUUGAUGGGCUGAAUCGAGAGAAGGAGAAAACUGAGAAAAUGCCAGAUUCUGAGGAGAAGGAGGAGCUGACGGCCGAGCUGGCCAAACAGAGGGAGCUCUUCUCAUCUCUGUUUGAGGAGAAACGUCAUGACCACCUGGUCAGCAAAGGUGAGAGGCGGCUCUCCUACAAGGCUCUGCAAGGCGCUCUGAUGAUCUUCUUCUACAGAGAGGAGCCGAGGUUUCAGGUUCCCUUCCAGCUGCUCACAUCCCUCAUGGACAUCGACACCCUCAUGACAAAAUGGAGAUAUAAUCACGUCUGCAUGGUGCAUCGUAUGAUCGGCAGCAAGGCUGGCACCGGGGGCUCGUCCGGCUACCACUAUCUGAGAUCCACCGUCAGUGACCGCUACAAAGUGUUCGUAGAUCUGUUCAACCUGGCGACGUACCUGGUGCCGCGUCACUGGGUCCCCAAGCUGGAUCCCAGCGUCCACACCUUCCUGUACAUGGCGGAGUGCUGCGACAGCUCGUACUGCAGCAGCGAGGACUCGGACUAGAGCGGCUCGGCCUCGGGUCCCGGCUUCGCCUCAGCGUGACAGAUGUCACAGACACGGAUCCCUUUGCUGAAAGGUUGCUGUGAACAGGUGUACAGGUGCACAGAAAGGUCAUGAAAAAUGUUUUGCAGAACAACAAACAUGUAACCGAAUACAUUAUAUAAGUAUAUACGUGAAAGAAAUGCAUGAUUUGUCAUGAAUAAGGGCAUAUGUACUCAACUUUUCUUAAGCAAAACGAAAUGAUAGAAAAAAAAGAUGCCGUGUCCUAAUAAUCAAACUAAGACAUGCAAGACUCGGAAGUUACGCAAAUCAAGAAGCCGAAUCCGGCUUUUCUGCUGCAAGUAGUGCAGAAAGAAGGCUUCUUGAACGGAGCUGCUUUGAUGUUCCAUCUAUAAACAUAUUUAAAGGACCAGACUGACCUGAAGGUGCAGGAGCACCGCUGCUGGGUCCUUAUAGAAACGCAGCUUCUUUCAUGUCGGCAUGUCUUCGGGCUCCGUUUCCAACAACUGGCAUCUGGCUUUAGUGGAACUAAAUGUAAACUGUGUAAAAUAGAACCUCAACCAGAUCAAUGUCGACUUCUAACACGCAACUCUGCACACGGUGUAAAUGACAGUAAUUAUUGUACAUAAUGUUGUGAUGUCGCUCUUAUGGACAUGUUUUGUAUAAUAUUACACGUGAUAUUAAUUUUGUGAUGUAUUUAUACAGUGAUUAAUGUGAUUAUCUUUUUUGUAUAGAAUAAUCCAUCCUAUUACUCAUAAGAUGUUUGUUUUUAAAAAGGUAGAUAUUUUGUACAGGAAAGCUGUUCAUAUUUUUUUGUCAGUGGCGUGUGAGUUAUAAUCCAACAUUUGAAAACAUAUGAAGUGAUUUAUUUUGUUUAGAUAUACAAGAUGGGCCACAUUUCAAUAAAAACAUUAUCCAAACUGA